CUCUGUCUCUUCAGGCUGAAACCAUUCAACAGAGACUCGUUUGGAAAGGUAAUCCUUUCACGCUGAAGCUGUCUGUUUUGUCCUCCUGCUGUCGCUGCUGUCGGUUGAGAACUCCUUGGAGCAGGUUUUUCUGUCUUGUCGGGUCGGUUUUAUUAACUGUGCCGUGUGAAUGUUGGGCCAGGCUGGCGUGUCUUUCUACUAUAUCAUAGAGAAGCAUGGUUAGAUUGGUUUGAUGGUGUAUUCAAAAAGACACUCAGCUACUUCAGGGCAUAAGUAAAUGAGAAGCACAUUAGUGAACACACCUUUCUUCUUUACAUGUUAUGUCAUGCACGAUACACCGGCUCUCAUCUGCACAAAAGUGUUUUUUCUCUGGUGUCACAUACUUGUGUUCAGGAGGAACAUAAUGUAACAGAGAGGGGGAGGGGGAAACAGUUAGGUUUUUAGUUUGCUUUAUCAAUUUCUCAUUGAUUUAAAUGUAUAAAAGUUUACUUUAUGAGUUUACUUUUUUCACAGCGCCAACACUUGAAUCAUCCUGGCAUCGUCGAGUACGAGCGAAAACAUGAGGGUGCAAACCUUCUCGAGAGCACAAAUUCUGCAGGAUUUUCGUGUGCGAUGUCAGGCGCUCGCAGCCAACGACAACAGAGGCCUCAAACAGGAGUUUGAGGAGCUGGAUGAAGUUGGCAAAGACCUCCCUACCAAAGUGGGGGAAUCGGUGGCCAACAGAGAGAAGAACAGAUACCCCUACAUAUUGCCAUAUGACCACUGUCGCGUGAGGCUGUCAGUUCAAAACUCCCAACCACACACCGACUACAUCAACGCAAAUUUUGUGCCCGGUGGAGAAUCAGAGAGAGACUUCAUCUGCACACAGGGCCCUCUGCACAACACCGUGGCCGACUUCUGGAGGAUGGUGUGGGAGCAGAACGUCAGGAUAAUUGUCAUGGUCACGGCGCUGAGACACAAGGGCCAGGUGAUGUGUGAUAAGUAUUGGCCUCAACGAGGGACAGUUCAUCAUGGACUGAUCCAAGUGACGACAGUGACCCGCAAACAAGGUCCGGAUUAUUUUAUCACCACCAUUAACCUCAGACAGAGAGAUUGUCCAACAGACAGGUUAAUCACACACUACUACUACCCUGCCUGGCCGGACCGGGGCGUCCCUAAAGACUUAUCCUCACUCGUUGCCUUCACUGAGCAUGUGCGGCAGGAAUUGGAAGCGGCUCCACGCAUCGGGCCGGCUGUGGUGCACUGCAGUGCAGGUGUUGGGCGUUCGGGGACAUUUGUGACGAUGCUGUGGCUGAUGCAGCUGUGUGCGAGGGGCAUCCUGGCGGAUAUCCGGGCUGCUGUGCAGGAUCUACGGCUACAUCGGAUGUGGAUGGUCCAGAAUCUGGAGCAGUACCUGUUAGUUCAUCAGUGUCUGCUACACUGGCUCAGUGGAGGAACCUCAGCACGCAGGCCACAAACUCAGGGAGCCAGUUCAAAUAUUAACAACCACAUUCAAGAUCAACCCCACGGCUCCUCGGGUCGGCUGAGGAGACACCAGCAUCCUCGACAGACGGCUGCAGGAGACCGACAGCAGAACCCGAUGCAGCAGGUUUUACACCCCGGGCAGCUACUGAGGAGGUGGUUUAAUCCCGGCUCACACUCCUGAACCCACGAACUGUAAAGCAACAAACCAAAACGAGCAAAGCUCCGGGUUACAGAAAAAAAACAGUAAGCGUGCCCUCAUACAGAGACCCUGCAGUGUGCGCUGUAGGACGACAUGUCCUGCAGGUGGAAAACUGGACGAGCAAACAAAUCCUGGUAGGAAACCGCCGACGCUGCAGUUUGCAUUGCAGAAGGAAAAAAGUGGUAAAGUAACCAGCCAGUCAGGUCGAACCUGCUCCUCUACUAGGAAUUACUCGCCGUGACAUCGACAACAAUGCUCUCUGUGCACGCAGUUAAAUACAGACGUUGUGAUAGUUUCUGCAUCUUAGUUUGCCUCCACUAUGGAUGAAGUGAUGUUGCGAGAUGACUUUUUAUUUAGGUUGUUUUUUUUAAAUCGUUGUGCAGUAUUUUAUAACCACACUUUAGUUUGGUAAAGGAUGCAUGUGCAGGACUGGUAGCAGACUUGCUAUUAAAAAGGCAGACACACGGUGUAGUGGCUGUACAAAAAAGGUCAUGUUUCAAAAACACACAGGCACUGCCAUUCUCCUUAGAUGACUGGAACCCAUUACAGUACAUGAAGGAGCUAUGAGUAUUUUACAUUAUAGAACAUGAAAGGGCUAACCCACUUCUUAAGAGUCUUUCAUCUGUCGUGUAAUAAACAUGUAUGAUACAAGAGAUAAGUCAUCCGGGUGAGUUUUGGGGGGAAAUAAAGGAGGAUGCAGCAGCGCUCCCUCUGCGUCUCCACCGUGUGGUAAGUGCUAGUAGCUGCAGGGCGUAUUGCAAUAAAGUCCGUGUGUC